AUGACGCUAAAAGCUCUCAUCCUCUACAGCGGCAUAGGGGGCAUGCACUGCGGCCUCUUCCACGCCCGCCUCCUUCGGCGCCUGCGCAUGCGCGGCGUCUCGCCGUUCCCGCCUCGAUCCUCUGAAGAGCACGAACAGGAGACGAAUCGCGAUGCGAGCGCACACGGCGAGAGCGCCGCAAGGCAGCGCACGGAUCCCGUCCCGGCGACAGAUCGAGAGGUUACGAGGCAUGAAACCCAGGAGGAACUGGAGAGCAAGCACAGCGUGGAGGGGAAGGCUGGCGGCAGCGCCGCAUGCGAAGAGACGAAGGCCAAAGCCGGAGAGAUGACACAGGAUGAGCAAGAUGAAGCGGAUCUCAUCGAGGCGCUAAAAGGGAUUUCCCGCGAUGGCGAUAACGUCUGUAUUCACCCAAUAGUCAGCGAGUACAUUCGCCUCCCGCCACCGGGUCCUGAGGCGACUCCGUCUUCCUGCACGGCCCGCCCAAACACCCUGAUUUUGUCUGAGAGAAAGAAUCCGAACAGACGGCGUGCGCAGAAUGCGGCAAGCGCGCAGGGAGAAGAACCCGAGAAAGAACAGGACGAGAAAGAACAGGACGAGAAAGAACAGGACGAGGAAGAACAGGACGAGAGAGAACAGGUCAAGAAAGACUCGGACGGCGUGUUUUCCGAAGAGCGGCAGGUGAACCCUUCUGAGUGCGCGGCAGGAGGGAAGCAAGACGGCAGUCCCGUCGAAGAAACGACGACUACCGCUACAGUGACCCAGUCGCCUGGAGAGAGGGGAGAGAGUUCAGAUUCCCCGUUGCUUUCGGAUCGAAGACCGCUGUCCCCGAAGGCGCGAACGCUCCGUGGGCGUCCCGAGGAGAACACUGCGACAGCGCAUGCGGUAUCUCCUUCCCCAGUUAAGCGUGUCGCUUGUCUCGGCGCGUCAAAGUCGCCUUCCUCUGGGGGCAGUUCAGGAACGGAUCCCAAGAUGGAUGUGGGACGCGCUGACAACGCAGUUCCUGGGUUGUUUUCGCCCAGCAGUCUGCCGCGCCCACGGGAACUCUCGGGUCCCCCUUCCGCGUCUUGCGCUUCUCCGUUUCGCGCCCUUCCCUUCGAAGUGGUGGGAGUGAUCGACGUGAAUCCCACUGCGAUGGAUGUCUACCGUCGAAACUUGCUGCCUCCGUCGGCGGAAUCGCCGAGUGCCUCGCGCCGUCAGCCUUCUCAGACUCUGCAGUCUCCGGGAGUCCCGUUGACGUCGACAAAGUCUAUCGACUCGUAUCCGGCGUCGUUCUACGGGGCCUUCGAGGCGGAUCUCUGGCUGGUGUCUCCGCCGUGUCAGCCGUUCACGCGGAUCGGGCUGCAAAAGGGAAACGCUGACCGUCGGAACGCGUCCUUUCUGUAUCUCUUGGACGUCCUAUGUCAGCUGCCGCAUGCGCAGAGACCCAAGUACCUGCUGCUCGAGAAUGUCGUCCGCUUCGAGGUCAGCGACACGUUCGACUGUCUCCUGCAUGCACUCGAGUGCGUGUGCGGCUACCAGGUGGACGUCUUCCAUCUGAAUCCUCUGCACUUUGGCAUCCCGAACUGCCGGUCGCGGUGCUUCGUCACGGCGAAGAAAUCCGCCGCGGCACCUAAGCUCAGCAACUCGGGCGGUCUCCUGCGCUCCGCGCUCGCCUGGUUCCGGUGGGAAGGAAGCCGCGAUGCAAGGAAAAGCGACAGACGUCUGCAGACGCUUCCAGAGGGGAAGGGAGGCAAGGCAGCAGAGGAAACGCAAGAGCGUGGAACGUCCAAGGGCGGUAAAGGCGGCGACGAGUCUGCUACCGCGGGACAGAAACGAAGAAACGCGUGGUCAUUCUUGCUGCCCCAGAGGCGGCGGGGAGAGACAGGACGCGCGAAAGAACAGGGCAACACGAACGGCGAAGGAGAAGGCUCCACCGAAACGGGGCCCCGUCCUGCCGAGGAAGAGGACUGCGCUCCCGUAGGGGGACCGAAAGGGGAACGUGCAACAUCCGGAGAGACCCGUGGAGAUCAGACCGCUGGCUCUCAACGUUCGUCCAGCGCGAGCGACACCCGGCAGAGACGCGAGAAGGAGACUCGGGGUCAGGGAAGCCCCGGGGAGAAGGCGAGUCCGGACAAGGGGCGAGGGGAGAAGAACUCCAACAAGGACGUCCCGACCACUGGGCCGAGCUGUUUGGAUUGCUGGACCUGUGCAAAGUGCGUGCGCAGACGCAGAAGACAGGACGCGGGAAAGCAGGAGCGAGUGGUGCUGACCCACAUUCCGGGCGUGUACGCGUCCCCGGCUUUCUUCUGCUGUCCAAUUCGGCCUCUGGAAGACUUCCUGGACGCGAAGUUCCCGCCAAAGGCGCCGUUUGUGCCGGCGGAGAAACCCGGAACCUCGUACCGAUUCGUCGACGAGGCGCUUCAGGAGCGGAGCACUCCGCAGCGGAACGCGCAGGCGCCUGUGCGGGCCGGCAGCCGCAGAGUGAGUGGCCGAGGCGAGGAGGUGGAAUCCAACUGCGAAGAGCAGUGGGAAGAUAUUUCGCUCGCCCACGGCCCGAGUUUAACGAGCGAGUUGUGUGCAGUCGACGCCGUCCGGCGGAGCAGCCUCCCCACUCCGGGUCCGGUCUAUACUGCUGGCGGCGUGUUUGUCCCCGCCGACGUGCAGGGGCCUUGGCGGAGACAGACUGCCGCACUGGUUCUGUCUCAGCAGCAGAAAGACCGCAUUUGGUUCAACGUGGACCUCGUCCGUCGCGGCGAAAAACGAAGCAGCUGCUUCACGCGGUCCUACGGCCGAACUGGCCACGCCCAGUACGGCAGCCUGUUAGUCCUCGAUGAAGACCUCGCGCUCGAACAGCGGUGGGCGGCGUUUGCUCAGCAAAAGGUGGCAGCGGAGAGACUUCAGGAGGCUCGAGGUGACGACGAAGAGCACGGGGAUGGCAUCCGCGAGGGCGAGCCUGCUGGGAAGCUCGAGGCCCACAGGGCGGGGAAGUGCGACACGAAAACGGAGGUGAGGAGCGGAAAGACGCGGAAGGACAGGGAGGCCCUUUCCAACAAAGAGGGUUCUCAGGGCGCAGAGGCCGGGAACGCUUCUCGACCUCGAGGGGAGAUGUCUCGGGACAGCCUGAGGACGGGAGAGGAGAACGGAGAGCCGUCGUGUGGCGGGCCGGAGCCUCGCCAGGUGGAGGUAGGAGACGCCGCUGAGACGCAGGACGGGAAGCGCGGGAAGACGAAGGCGGGGAAGGAGGACUCUGCAGAGGGGCGUGGACAGGCGACGGAGAGCCAGGAGGCCUCACGCGAGGCAGGCGAGUCCGAGCGGAGGGAGCGAGAAGGAAAGAAAGGCCGAGGGAAGAAAGCGGAGGGAACUGCAUGUGAGGGAGCAGGGGAGAGGCCAGUCGUUCCAAGAGCCGCAGGGAGGCGCGCGAGGGACGCGUCCGAGUGCAAACGCAGGGGGAAGUUCGCGUGGCUUUUUCCGAGGCAGUUCUUCUCCCUGCGCUUUUUCGUCGCGCAGUCCUUUUCGGCCACUGUCCUUCCCGCAAAGAAAAAAGGCAACAAGGGCUGGGAGCUCCACGACAUCCUCCCGCCCGAGACCGCCGUGCGCUUCUUCAGCCCCCAGGAAAUUCUCGCGCUCCACGGCUUUCCUCCCUCCUUUGCUUUCCCCGAUGCCGACGAGCCUCGCGCGUGGCCUUCCCAGCGAAGAAUGGUGGGCAACAGCUUAAACGUGCACCUUGUUGGCAUGCUGAUAGACUUUCUCGUGGACGACGAGGACUGGAACUGA